UGCGUGCGUGCGUGCGCGUGUUGUGCGGGGAGGGUGAGGAGUUGAAAGCGCCGUCCAACACGUGAGGCUCAUGUGACGGUGUCGAGUCUGUCUCCAGCCGAGAGACGUGCCUGCAGUCACAGGGUUUAUUUAACACGUAGUCAAAAACCCACCCAGAUCUCUCACACACUCAGCCGGGCGCGGAUCCUCCCCAGACCUACUACCGAGUCCGGACCUUCAGGGUGACAACACUGCGCACUGCCCAAACUCCAGCUCACAGCGGGAACGCACACGCACACACUGGAUAACAGGAGAUAUUAUUGUUCUUUAUUAUUAUUUUUUUUGUGUGUGUGUGAUUUUAUUUCUUCGGGUUUGAAGUGCGACCGCAGAGAUACAUUUGGAACGUUUUGAAGGUUUUUUUUCUCCAACUCGUUUCUUCGGGAUUCACAGUUGAGUAACAUGGAGAGGAUUACCAGCGGGCAACCACCACCAUCACUGGAUAUAGCUGACAUGCAAGGAAUCGAUUUCUCCAUGUAUGUGUACAAACCCAGGAGGGGCAUGAAGCGCGGGGAUGACAGCAAGGAGACGUACAAGUUGCCACACCGACUGAUCGAAAAGAAAAGACGCGACAGAAUCAACGAAUGCAUUGCCCAGCUGAAGGAUUUGUUGCCCGAGCACCUCAAGCUUACGACGCUGGGUCAUUUGGAGAAAGCUGUGGUGCUGGAACUCACUCUCAAGCAUGUGAAAGCCCUAAGUGGCAUCCUGGAGCAGCAACAGCAGAAGAUCAUGGCGCUACAGAACGACCUGCAGAUUGGUGACCAUGGAGGUGAGAGCAGUGAGGAGAUGUUCCGCUCCGGCUUUCACUUGUGUGCGAAGGAGGUCCUCCACUAUCUGACCAGCCAAGAAAGCAGCAGGGACCUGACUCCCUCCCACGUCAUCAGCCACAUCCAAAAGGUCGCGGCUGAAGUCCUGCAUCAUCAGAGCAGCGCGGACGAGUCCGUCCCUCAAGCUUCGGAGAACCCGAAGAAGCAGCCCGCCGGAGAGCUCAAGAGGACGUCCGAGGGCUCGGCCAAGAACUGUGUCCCCGUCAUUCAAAGGACUUACCCCCACGUGGCGGGGGAGCAGAGCGGCAGUGACACGGACACUGACAGCGGCUAUGGGGGAGAGCAUGAGAAAGCCCAGUGGUCAGAGAGCCACGCGAAGGAGGGGGAGCGCAGGUGCGCCGCGUCCGAGGCGACGGCCGGUGCCAUCAAGCAGGAGGGCGGUGAGCCUCGGGCCAAGAAGUCGAAGUCUGACUCCUCAGAGGACGAGAUUCUCUCCAGUCACGUGGCAGGAGGCCCUGGCAGCUACAUGAGCUUCUCCCCCAACCAGGCCCCGUUUUGCCUCCCCUUCUACCUCCUCCCUCCCGCCGCUGCUGCGGCGGCGGCUGCGGCCUAUCUGCCCAUGCUGGACAAACGCUGGUACCACGGGGGCAUGCCUGUUAUGUACCCGGGCAUGAGCGGCUCUGCAGCGAACGGGCCCCAGGAGACGUCUCCCUCAUCUCUGGUGAUGUCCCCGAGGGCAGGGUCUCCAGCAUCCUACCAGAACCCCAUGGACUCCCCUGCCCUGCACAAAGCUUUAAAGCAGGUUCCCCCGUUGAACCUGGAAACCAAAGACUGAGCAGAUGUGUUUCUGUUGGAAUCUUGCCCUCUGAAUGUUGAUGCGGUUAAAAAGAAAACAACAACCCCACAAACGCACUGGUAUCCCUUCAAACCACAGCCGUUGUUUGGCCCAUCAGAACAUUGACCCUGGCAACGACCCCAAAAGGGGUCACCGUUGUCUAUCAUCGGCUCCUCACACACUGAAACCGGACUUUUAGGGGCGACCCGGAGUGCCCACACGAAGGCGCAGAGAUCACCUGUCGCACGGCUCUGAAACACUGAAGAAGAUCAGUUCAAAGACGAUGAGCGCGCAAAGAGAUCUAGAGCGGUGUUUUAUUUUUGUUUGUUUGUCAGUGAGCUUCUCUGCACUCGGUGUUGAAUGUCAGAGGUAAACACAGAAUGUAAGGCACAGAUAAGCCCCCCCCCCCCCAAAAAAAAAUGAUUUGGACCUACUGUUUUGCACACACACACCACUCUGUAUUGAAUGUAAAGAUUGAACAAAAGCCCCUUGUAGAUGCUGCUUGAAUUAUUCUUGACCUGCUGUGGAUCUGUGAAUGGAGGAUCUACUUCAAGUGUUUCCUGUAGCUGAAACAAAACCAUUGUUUAGACAAGAAUGUUACCAAAAAAGAAAAUGUUCACGAGAGAGCGUCACAAGAGGCACUUGCUCCCAUGAUCCCUCAAUUACCUUGAGGCCAAAUGGACAGCGCUCCCGGUGUUCUAAUAAUUCAGGGUGUUGUCACUGUACGAGGUGUGCCACUCACAUCUAUUUUUAAAAAAGUGUUGUGGCCGUGCGCGCUUUUUUUUUUUUUUUUAAACGAUUUAAUUUGUGACUCAUGACUAUUUGUGCAUCUAGAUGGAGUCCCCCGUGAAGUAAUGUCUUGUAAUAUUUUUUUUUUUGCUUAUACUACUCGUACAUCUCUAUUUUUGAUACGUGACCCGCUGAGUGUAUUCGCAUCGCGACCAGGUAGAUGAAGGUUGAGGCAGUCCUUUUGCUGUGUGCCAACACAAAGGUGUGCAGCAUACAGCGUCAUGCUCAACCAGAUUUGCAUCUCGUCCGCAAAUUCCCAGUCAAGUUAAGGCCUGAUCUUAGCUCAUGCUGUUGCCUUUACUCGCGUAACGCAGACACACACACACACACACACACACACAAACCAUGGCAGGUGUUUCAAUGUAUUUUUGCUUUAAAUGUCGUGUCCGUGGCAAAGAGAGUGAAUGUAAAGUUCAAAGAAAAACAAUAGUUUUGUAUAGAGAGAGGUACUUGGGAUU